AUGGAACGGGUCUAUACGCGCAAGGGGGGAGCGCCUACAUGCGGUCCGCCUCUACCGCAGCGAGCAUUCCGCUCGUGUUCAACCACAACUGACGGACCACAGACACGGUGGCGCCUACAACGUCAACAGGAGUACCACGGCCUGCUACAAGCGUCCUCAGAGCCAGGGCCGAGGACGCCGCCAGCGACCAUAGGCGGGCCAGGGUCGCCGUGGGAACUUCCUUCAUCGGCGGAAGUAACGCAGACGCGCGGGCACGGUGAGACGACACGGCGAGAUCACGCGGAGCAGGAAGAGGACGCGGCGGAGCAAACUGAGCCCACGGCGGCCCGCCACCAGCACCUACGAAGCCCAUCCCCGCAGGCAGCGGCCGCUCUGAACGCGCCGGGGAUCCAAAGGGAUUGUGGGGCAGGAGCGCAGAGAGAGGGACGACGGGAGCAGCGCGAGGAGCUGAUGGUGACGCCGACCCCGCACGCGAGCGACGAAGCUCCUUCUCCACGUCAUCAAGCCUAUCCAGAAGACGGCGCUCCAUUGCGGACGGCGCUGGACGCGCUUUUCCGCCGCGACUGUCCCCCCCCCGUCGCCCACGACGCGCACGCCCACUUGCGCUCGAGCGCACAGGCGACUGCGGGCGAGAUGGGCCCUGCUGACGCUGGCGGCCAGGAAAACGGUCCCCGCGACGAGGGGAGUAGAGCCGUUGGCACUUUGCAGGAGGGGGCGAACGCGGAGCUGGGGGCCGACGCCCAGACGUCUGGCGGGCAGGCGACCGCUGGCGAGAUGAACGGUGAGGGGGCGAACGAUGACGAUGCGAACGGCGGUCACGGGAUCGGCUUCGCGACGCCACGCGACGAGGUGACAGUGGCGAACGGGCCGCACCAUGACGAUCAUCGGGGCGGCUCUGCCGCUUAUCGUCGUGAGCUGCCGAUGAGCGACGGCGAGGCGAACGCUCCUGGUGCGCCACAGCCUCUGCGCCGGAGCGCAAGACGAACCCCGCGCGCAGGGGCUCCUGCGGUGACAAGGACCUGCCCGCGCGCGGAGCCAACUCGCGCCACUGGUCCUCGAAGCGGCGGCGGAUCUGAUCAGCGGACGCUGGCGAAGCAACAGGCACGCUCGCGGCAGGGCGUGCAGGAGGAAGCAGACGGGGAGCAGGAUCGCUCUCCGCGGUGCAGUCGCGGCCAAGAGCGCCAAGGAAAUCCAUUGGCCAACGCUCAAGACGCUCCACUGGCACACGAGGAGCCGACAACGCCGAUGUCCCAGGCGCAACAGGCGGAACCUGUGGCAGCUACCCCAUGGAGCGGACGGAGAAGCACGCGAGGGAGAGGCGGGCGACGAGGAGCGCGCGGAGGGCAGAGGAGUGCAGGCCAAGCGGGAAGGGGACCGCCCUGCCAGUUGCCGAGCCCAAUCUGGUUGGGGGAGCCGGCGGAACGAGUCACGCGCCAGUCAUUCGCCAGGCGGGGGGCGAGGGGAGGAACACCAGCGCAAGCGGGGAGAAACAGGGAUAUCAACACAGAGGGGAGUGGAGACGAUUAUGUACCGUCAGAUCUGAGGCAACCAGACGAUCCUGCCUCACCUCACGCGGAACAAGGGGCAAGCGCAGCAACAGGAGAGAGGAACCGGCCGCAGACAGCAUCGCAGGGCUCAGCUUCCCCCGGACCAGGCACUAUCGGCGUCCUAGCUGGCCUCGCGGGAGGAUCUUUUCCAGAUCGCGAUGACUUGGGACCUUACACUCCUAACCUCCACCACCCACCUACCAAUCGUCCGCCGACUGCCGCCGCAGAUCCUCAGCGACUACUCCACAUGUAUGUUGGCUGCCCUACUUCGGAUCUCCAAGCUGCCUAA